AUGGAUGAAUUAAAUUUUGGUGGAAAAGAUUAUGGUAAUAAGGGUUUAAUGAAUUUGGAAUUACAGAAUAAAUAUAUUGGCAAGAACGAAGAUAGAACAGUUGUUUGUAAAGAAUUGCAAGAAGACGAGAAAUUAUUGUCUUUUAUUAAAACGUUUACUGCAGAAACUACAUAUAAAUUAGUUGGCAAUCGAGCUUGGCCUGCCGUCAUAAACAGGGGUGCUAUUGUUACAUUCCCGUAUGUUUACUUUUAUUUGCUGGAUUUAAAGAUUAAAAGCAAUGGACGACGUGUAGUGAAAGUGGGUUUUGUUUGUUGGUCUCAAGCUGUUUAUGCUGUAAUCUAUAUUGAAUUUAAUGUUUAUCCAACGAGAUCGACAUACGUUGCACGUAAGAAGUGGCGUUUACCCUAUAGUGAGAUUAUUCAACCUAUUGAGAUUUUGAAUUUUGAUUCUGAACGUACGCAAGAGGAGAACAUAUCGUUUGUACGAUCUCAGGCUUAUCGUUUUUUUUUUAAUGUGUUCGUAGAUAUGUGUAUUAUGUACCGGAUGCAUUAA